AUGUCGAACAUGGGAGACUCAGUAGAAAAUAUAUCUGUUGAUGACUUUUUAGAGUUCGUUUCAGCAGAAGGGGAAACGUUCUUAUCUUAUACAACAUUUCAGCUUGGACAGUUUGUUGAGAACGGUUUCCUCAAAACUUUGUUUGAUAAAAACCCACAGCAACCUGUGGAUAAAGCACAGCUUUUAGUAGAUAUGUUUGGCGAGUCUGCCAACCCGAACAACUUCGCUCAACAGGCGGCAUUGACGAAUAUACAACCAACCACCCUUUCACUAUUAUUUUCUAUAGCCCUUUACGCUUCGUCCAGGUCAUGGGAUAAUUUUGCUACCCGCGCCUAUACGAGAUUUGGUGACAUGGGUGACUCAGAGUCGGAAUGUCCCUCCGCUGAAGAUGAAUUUGGAUCUACGUACAUAUCAACACCGAAGACUACACCAAAACCAGUAUAUGUUACACCCCGUGUUGCAGCUGAUAAACAAAUCAUACACCAAUCAUUUACGGCAAAUCCUGAGGCACAAACCUCGGACAAACAAAAUACCCUAUUUUUGGGGGCAAAAACUACCGCACCUGGGGCCACACAUAUACUGACAGGAUACAAAGAAAGCGAUGAUGAGCGAGAGCAAGUCAGAGACAUUAUUGUAUACAACAUUCCGUAUACCUGGGACGUUAAUAAAAUCUUAGGAGAAUUAACGUUAUGGGGCAAAACUCUUAAGUUGUCAUUAAAACGGCAACACAAAUACCAGACUCUUAGAGUCAAAAUUGUUUUGAACUCAUUUUCCCUUCCCCAAUUCACCAAGUUCUGGACGACUGACCUGGGAGAUAUACCAGUGAGAUGGUUUCCCGCAAGUUGGACUUUACGAGAAAGGAAACAACGCGAAAAGUUCCAAGCCGUCAUUCACAAUAUUCCGGUUGAGAUGACAAUGGCUACCUUGUGGGCAGACCGUAAACCACAACCAUUUUUAAUGAUGUGCGGUGUUAGCGCGUUUAAAAUUAUACAAACAAGUAAAGGUAAGAGGAAGCUCGUAGGAUAUUUCGAGANCAAACAAGUAAAGGCAAAGAAUGUUCUUGACAAGAAGCCUGGGAAAUCCGUGCAACAGUCUGGUAACGUUAACCUUAAGAAGAAAAACCAGAAAUCCUCAACCAGUGCUAAGAAGCAAGCCAAAUCUACUAAAGACUCGUUGAAGGAUCCCAAAUCCCAGAAGUCGAAGUCCAAUAAGAAGCCCAGGGAUAAAGGAGUGUUUGAGUGUCUUUUUUUUUUGUUCUAUUUGGUUCGUCGCUUGAGUUGUGGCCAAGCCUGCAUUCCUUGUGGAGCGAGGCUAGGCGACCCCUUCGAUUCGUUUGAGAGGUUGGGUUGA